GCAGUCUGUUUGCUAAGUUGACCUAUAACUUAAUACUGCAUGCCAUUUAGUUAAAUAAGUAACUUAAACCAUGUAUGAUUUAUACAAAUGUUAAUAGUCUGUGAAGUUAACCGCCAAUUACGUAACUUCAUUGUACAGUUGCACUGUAAAGUUAUCGUCGCAUUAGGUUUCGUUAGCUAACGUAACAGUUAGCUUGGGAAUACUAGCUAGUGAGCUAAAUUGCAAAAUAACAUUAGCUAGAUACCAUCGCCAGCUUGUCUCUCUGUCUCUGACCGAAAUAUGUAAAGACCGUCCAAACGAGUUUUAAAUCACCAAGUGAAGUUUACAGACCCAUUCACCAUAGGUCCUCAUUUGCGAGGAAUGUCACUUGAUGAAUGCUUUACUUAGCUAUCUAGAUACAUGAAUUGUUAGCAAGCUGGCUAACCAGAUACAGAAUAAAGUGGCUAACGAUAACGCGAAGUUAUAUAAAGUUAAGUUAGGCUCAUCUUGUUUGCUAAAUUAUGCAGCGAGCUAGUUUGGAAUGCUAAUGGGUGGAUGUCAUUUCUGACCGCUAACGUUACAAUUCCAUGAAACCAUCCUAGGUUUGUCACUGACAGUUGUGUCAGUAUGCAAUUCUUAGCUGUUUGGCUAUGUCAGCAAUUACUAUUUUGAGCAGCACGACCGCUCCGUCAACUUGGCUUAACUUUUUUGUAUCCGACUUGGUGGCAAAAGUAGCUAAUGUACUUUGCUAGAGAACUAAUUUUGGUCAUCAAUUGGGUCGUAAGGCUGACCCCAAACCAUGUACUUUCUUGUGAUGCAAUUCUGCGACUUUACCAUUAAUGCUGUGCAGAAAUAAGUACAUUCAUGCUGUAUCUGAUGCUUAUAGUCAACGGCAGAACCUGUCUCGAGACCAAGAGAUUUUUGAGGAUGAGUAAGAAACCUCCCUGUCGGCCAGGAAUUAUCUUUGAGGUGGGCGCUAGAGUUGAGGCCCAGGACUAUCUUCAGAAAUGGUACACUUCUCGCAUUGAAAAGAUUGAUCAUGAUGAAGGGAAAAUGCUGGUGCAUUUUGACCGUUGGAGCCACCGCUAUGACGAAUGGAUCUUUUGGGACAGUAACCGCCUAAGACCUCUUGAGAGGCCACCCCUAAGGAAAGAAGGACUAAAAGAAGAGGAGGAGAUGUCCGAGCUGAGAGAUGGUGAGGAGGUCCUGGCUCGUUGGACAGACUGCCGAUACUACCCAGCAAAGAUUGAGACCAUCAACAAAGAGGGAACUUACACAGUCCAAUUUUAUGAUGGGGUAAUAAGAUGUGUGAAAAGAAUUCAUAUCAAAUCAAUGCCUGAGGAUGCGAAAGGACAGGACUGGAUUGCACUUGUGAAGGCAGCUACUGCAGCUGCUAAGAGCAAAGGAGGCUGCAGGCAGCGCACUAGUGUAAAUAGCAACAAGAACAAAGACGAGCAGACGUCUGACUGUGAGGAGGAGGAGGAGGACAAGAUGGAGGAAGAGGACGACCCAGAAUCAGAGAGACCGGACACAGAGUCUGCAGGUGAGGAUGACUGCAAGUCACAAUCUGAUCACCAUGAGAUGGGCAAAGCCAAGAAAAGGAGAGGACAAGGCAGUAUCUGUAAUUCCAAGAGGGUUCGUCUAAAACCAGCAGGAUGUGGUGAAGAGGAGAUGGAUUGCAAGGAGGAGCCGAAGGAGGAGCCAAAGGAGGAGCCAGUCACAACUCCCCAGAGCGUUGUAUGCUCUGAGGCUCCCACUGUAGAGGAUAAAGCUUCCGGGUUCCUGGCUGUCCCUCGCACCCCGUCCCCUGGCCGCUCACGUAACCAGCGGCUCAAGCACGAUUCUGGGGAGUCCAGCAGCAGCCAGAGACAGGGUGGCGAGGAGGGGGAGGCCAGCUGCUCCCCGACCUCCAGCCACGAUCUCACAGAUGCUCCUCUAACAGGUGCACUGACAGCUGCCACAUCCAGCUCACCUCAGAGAAGACGACGAUCCCAGAGGCUUGCCACCAGCUUUGACCCAAUAUGUCCUCCCUCACCCCCACCCAAAGACCCUAGUCCUCACCCAGAUACGAGUCCCCCACAGCCUAACGAUAAAGACAUGGACACCUCGGAGAAAAAAGAGGCAUCUCCUCACAACGACUUUCCAGUGGUUCCUGCUACACCGCCUUCCAUACCACCAUCCCUUGGCUCAUCGCCGAGUCCGUUAACUGAAAAGUUGGUUGACGGACAGGUGACUAAACACGUCCUAGUGGAAGAGAAAUCUCCACCACUGGUUGCAGCUGUUGCCCCCAAGGCUGCUGUGAGAACACCCAAGGCAAAUAAACAUACAAGGGAACCAAUCAUGAGCACCAAACGCUCUGAUGACCCCACAUCCCUGAAUGAGCGCAUCGAUCUUGACCACAAUAAGUUCAAGUGUAAAAUUCCUGGUUGCUCCAAGGCCUUCCGGAAAGCCAAGCUCCUGGACUACCAUCUUAAAUAUUACCACAACACAGACAAGGAACAGGAAGCUGAGGUUGGAUCCCCAGACAGAGUUGGCCGCACCAGGGCCACCUCCGCCUCCAUGCCCACCAGCACUAUCCUCGAGGUCCCCGACAACAAGAGACGCAGGACCGUCUCCACCUCCUCUUCUCUCUCCUCACAGAGCCACUGCCUGCAGCUGGAUUAUUCCGGAAGCUGUCUGAAGCCUCCAAAGUUCAUCAAGAAGAAGCGCUCCUCAGCCUCCAUCAGCUCUGACAGCACUGAAGUGUCUCUGCCUCCGCCACCACGGGAAAAAGUUUUCGAAAGCCUCCAUGACAAGAUCCUCAAGAAGGUCAUCGAGAAGGACACGGGGCUUUGCAUAAAGACAGAGAAGAAGUGCCAGUUGAUAGUGAAGAAAGACUCGGAUCUUGUCCUUUCAGGCAGAAAGAAAGAGAAGGAUAAGGAGCGCAAGGACAGAAAAGAAAAGGAGCCCUUUAAGUUAAAACAGAAGAAAAAGAAGAAGAAAAAGAAGAAAUCCAAACAGCACUGUUACCCUGAGCUAGAGGACAUGUCGCUGACCUUCCUGGAGCGGUCAUCUCCAUCUCCUGUCCAACGCUCUUCUGGCAGCGCCUUCACCCUCCAUACGUCCUCAUCCUCUUCCUCCUACUCCAAGCAUAACUAUCCCCGUGCCAUCCUGUCUAUCGACCUUACUGGAGAGAAUCUCUCUGACAUUGACUUCCUGGAGGACUCCACCACAGAGUCACUGCUGCUGAGUGGAGAUGAGUACAAUCAAGAUCUGGACUCGUUGGCUAUGGACGACUUCCCUGACGAAGAAGAGACGGCAGCUAAUGAGAUUGUGCGCUGCAUCUGUGAGAUGGACGAGGAGAACGGCUUCAUGAUCCAGUGCGAGGAGUGCAUGUGCUGGCAGCACAGUGUGUGCAUGGGUCUGUUGGAGGACAGCAUCCCUGAUCAGUACAUCUGCUACAUCUGCAGAGAUCCCCCAGGACAAAGAUGGAGUGCCAAGUACCGCCAUGACAAAGAGUGGAUGAACAAGGGCCACAUGUACGGCCUGUCCUUCCUCACUGAAAACUACUCCCACCAGAAUGCCAAGAAGAUCAUGUCCACCCACCACCUGUUGGCUGACGUCUACAGUGUCAAGAAAGUGCUGCACGGCCUGCAGUUGAAGAUGGACAUUCUGCAGAACAAACACAAUCCCAGCCUGCACCUGUGGGCACGCUCGUGGGUGAAUUCAGACGAGGAGCAGCCCAUGGGUGGCGUGCCCGACUGCAUCCACUACAGAGAGCACCUUAAUCAGAGCUCCCUCCCAGAGACGUACAUCACUAGUGAGCACAGCUACCAGAAGCCUCCAAGUGCACACGAGAGAGCAGGAGAGACGGGAGCACAACCAGCUGCGCACACACCGCAGUGCAUACCAAAGGAGGAAGAGGACACUGGUGCCAUCUGCCUUGCCAGCUGUGUCACUGAGAGCUGCUCGGGCCCCACUGAUCAGGCCCGGAACUGCCUGCAGUGGCAGAUGAACCUGCUCACACACAUUGAGGAUGUGCAGAACCAGGUGGCUGGCAGGAUGGACCUGAUCGAGAAGGAGCUGGACGUCCUGGAGAGCUGGUUAGAUUUCACAGGUGAAUUGGAGCCCCCAGACCCACUGGGGCGUCUGCCUCAGCUUAAGUGCCGCAUCAAGCAGCUCCUCACCGACCUGGCCAAGGUACAACAAAUGAGCACCCUGUGUUCGGUGUGAGACGGCUACUGAGCUUAGACACACACACACACACAACUGAACCUGCUUGCACACACUGUGACCGCACACGCACCAUUGCACAGCCUACUGGAGAGGCCUUGCUCUCAGUCACUGAAUGGUGUCGGACAUCAGAGCCCCCCCUCUCUUCAAGCAAAUCUGAUCCUGGACCUGCCCCUCCUGGAAUGAAUGUGGAAGAACUUCAGAGGUCUGCCGGAGGAGCGAGCGUGACAGAAGCUGGCGUAAGAGCAGAAGAGUUGCUCUUGUGUUGUCAGGUGCAUUUAAAGGGAAGAUCUAAUCUCUCACACACAUUUCAGCACCCCAUGCUGGAGAACACUUGUCCCCAUUAACUUUAAACUCCCAGUGAGGGGGGUGGGGGGUGGGAAGAAUGCCACAGAAAACACAUGCUGUAGCAAAAUCUGGUAGACACAAAGCUGGUCCAGAUAAGUGUGGGGUAAUGCUGGUAUGCCCAACCGCACUAUGCUUUUUAAAAUGGCUCCCAGGAUUGAGAGGAUCAAACUCUGGAUUUAUGAGUCUCCUCUGAAGACUGAACACAGAAUGAUUGUGCAUCUGGUCAUUCAGGAGAACUGAAUGGCCACUUGUCUUGUGCCAAGUAAAGAGUGGGUGUAAUGUCUGCAACAGCAGUACUCCCAAGUUGUCAUAGGAGCUUGACAGAAAAAGUGAAACAUAGGAUCUGUUUACACUCAUGUGUGCAGCGCAUGUCUUUCUAGUGGUUCCCCUCUGACCUCUCGUUUCAAAUAGCUAGAAGUAGCAGCAGCGGCAGCAGCUGUCAUGUGACAGCUGAUCGCUCGUAUCGUAGAGCCUCUGCCUGCGAAAUGACAAGGCAGCCCAGGAGGAAAGACCCUCUUCACUCCCUGUUCACCUCCAGUAACAGCACAGUAAGCUAGGUCCUCACAGGACACAUGCAUUUAUGGGAAAUGUGUAUGGUUUGGGUGGGACAAUAAAUGUACAGCUUUUUUGUAAGUGUAUACAUGAGGAAGGAUGCAAAAGGCAUGAGGACAAAAAUAUACUUGAAAAAAAAAAAAUGCCCAUAUGUAUUCAGAAUUUCUAUUCAUCUGUAUGGAAGUGUUUUAGAAUUUAGCAAAUGGUAUGACUUAAAAAGUUGUUUUUUCAUUGAAAUGUAACAGUUGUAUAUAAAGAGAUUAUUUAAAACUUGGUGUAACAGACCUAACCUAUAACCUCAUUAAAAAUAUUCUGGAUAUUUA